GAUAAGAACCAAAUGUUGUGAAUAUAAAGUUAAGUCUGUCCAUACCACAUUGUGCAAGCAUUGCUAUGAGGCUCAUCGUAACACUCUUAGAUAUCUUCUGAGAGGCUCGGACCAUACAAACAUCAAUACGCCAAAUGUAUUCCUCUCAUACCAGGAAAUACUUGAGAAAUCGAGAUCCCUGAAAAAAGAGAACAUGAAUCUUACUAAAAAGGUAGUUUAUGCCAAUAGGCUCCUACGAGAGCAAAGAUCUAAUCGUGUUAAUGCUCCAGCUAAUUUCAAGGUCAAUGCAUCUCAACUUGGUCAAAUGGUAGACACAGCAAUAGCAAAUAAAUGGUUGUCAUCUGAUUCCAUUCUCUUUCAUAUCUUACAAGAUUCUAUGCUAUCCCUACAAAGACAAGAAACCCAAUUUGAAAGAUCAAAGGGAAAAUUAACAAAAGAGAAAAAGAAACCACGUCCUAAAGGUAUGCGAUAUAGUCCCUUGACAAUAAAAUGGUGUUGCCGCAUUGCAAAUCAGUGUAAAGAGAGUGGCUACGAUGCAAUAAGUAACAUCCUUCCAAUUCCAAGAUGGAACACCAUCAAACAAUAUAGGCAGCAAUCAUGUAACUCUGACCCAAUUAAUCUUGAAAACAUUUCUAAAAUGGUUCAGGAAAUUAAACGAAGAAAAUGCAAGGGUGUCGGCGGUAU